CAAAGCGUCGGAUGUGAGUGAAAAAUAUUGCCCAUUCGGGAUAAGGUAAUAGCUAAGUCGAGAGAUCGAGAGAGAGAGAAUGGCGAGGAGCUUAUCAGUGUCGGAUUAUGGAGCUUUCAUGGAGAAAUUCACACUACAGGCGGACCCUUCGUCCCAAAAACUUCCCUUGGGUGGCCUUACCUUUGCUGUUAAAGACAUAUUUGAUGUCGAGGGGAAGGUGACCGGUUUUGGGAAUCCCGACUGGGCGAGGACACAUUCUGUAGCCACAUCGACUGCACCGGCCGUUCUGUCGGUGUUGAAGGCAGGUGCAGUUUGUGUUGGUAAAACAGUAAUGGACGAAAUGGCUUACAGCAUAAAUGGAGAAAAUAUACAUUAUGGGACUCCAACUAAUCCAUGUGCAGCAGAUCGAGUGCCUGGUGGAUCAUCUAGUGGAUCCGCUGUAGCAGUUGGUGCAAUGCUUGCUGAUUUCUCCUUAGGUACCGAUACUGGAGGAAGUGUUAGGGUCCCUGCAUCCUAUUGUGGAAUUCUGGGUUUUCGUCCAUCUCAUGGAGUUGUUUCAACAUCUGGAGUGAUUCCAAUGGCACAGAGUUUCGAUACAGUUGGAUGGUUUGCUAGAGAUCCAUUCAUCUUGAAGCAAGUUGGAAAGGUUUUAUUGCAAUUGCAAGAUGAUAAUCCCACAACACUCAGUCAACUUAUCAUUGCGGAAGAUUGUUUCAAUCUUCUAAACAUCCCGUCCCACCGACUAACUGAUGUUCUCAUUAGCUCAGUAGAGAAGCUAUAUGGAAGUCAGCAAAUACAAUAUACCAGUCUUGGGAACUUUAUUGAGGCCAAAGUUCCAAGCCUGAUGCAUUUUAUGGAUGACAAUACUAAAAAGCAAGCGGAUAAUAUACCAUCACUAGCAGCUCUUUCAAGUGCCAUGCGAUUACUCCAAAGGUAUGAGUUCAAGAACAAUCAUGGUGAAUGGGUUCGCUCAGUUAAUCCUCAUUUAGGCCCUGGAAUAUCGGAAAGAGUAUGGGACGCCCUCCGGACAACAGAUGAAAGUAUAGAUGUAUGCUGUUUGUUGAAGAGUGAACUGCGUGCAGCUCUUGGUGAUUUGUUGGGGGAUUUUGGCAUCCUUGCAAUACCUACAGUUCCAGGGCCUCCACCAAAGUUACAAACAGAACCAACAACACUGGAAACAUUUCGUGCCAAGGCCUUUAGCUUAUUAUCUGUAGCUGGUGUAUCUGGAUUUUGCCAGGUGAGUGUACCAUUGGGCAUGCAUGAUGAUCUCCCCAUUGCAGUUUCUUUGGUUGCAAAACAUGGUUGUGAUGGAUUCUUGCUCAGUUUUGUGGAGACUCUUUACGAAGUUCUCAAGAAGCAGUCUGAGCAUUCUUGAAUAUAUAUACAUUGAAAUUGUUCAUACAACUGUAAUUUCACACCCCAUGACUUACUAUGGUAAAAGGGUUCUUGCCCAAUAUUUUUCUUGACA